AACAUCGAUACUUUCUCCACCUCCGCAGAAGGCCGUAAAUUCUUUUUUCGUUUCUAGUAACUUUCUCGUCGUAUGUUUCUUUCGAAAUCAAAUCGCACCUUUUUUGUUACUUAAAUACGAGCGCCCAGUCAGGUAAUUAUGGAUACGGAGAAGUCUAGCAGCAGCUCCUUCGAGGACCUGACCAACGCCGAGGACACCAAGGACAUACGCAAGGUGGCCGCGGAGGAGGCCGCCGCCGCCGGAGAUGGAGCUGCGGCUCCUGGCGAGGAGAAGAAGGCGGCGGCGGAGGAGGAUCCCGAGGACGAAUGUGAUAUACUGGGCAACAAGCAGCUGAUAAAGCGCACAAUCAAGAAGGCGCCGGAGGACGGAGGCAGGCGACCCCUGCGCGGGGAACUGGUCACCCUCAACCUGACCGGCAAACUGGACAACGGCCAGGUGGUGGAGGAGGAGAAGAACUUCCAGUGCCACGUGGGCGACUUCGAGGUCGUCCAGGGCUUGGACAUGGUGGUGCCCAUGCUGCAGGUCGGCGAGGUGGCCCAGGUCAGCGUGGAUCCUCGCUUUGGCUAUGGAUCCCUGGGACUUAAAAAGGAUGGCGAAUCCGAUUACCUCGUUCCGCCCGAUUCGCAUCUCACCUACGAAAUAGAGCUUUUGGAUAUCAAAUACGAAGACUUUGCGGACCUCAAGAGCUUUGAAACACUGCGCAAAUACGGUACCCGCAAGAAAGAACGUGCCAACUUCUUCUACAAGCGCUCGGAGUUCACCACCGCCAUUCACCUGUACAGACGCGCUCUUGACUUUCUGGACAACCGGGACGGGGAUCCGGAAUCCGAGUUCGACAAGGAGGAUCUGGAGCUGUCCAACAGCGACACGCAGGCCCUGCUAGAGGAUCGAUUGAUAGUCUAUAACAACUUGGCCAUGACUCAAAUCAAAAUAGCCGCCUUUGACGCAGCCCUGCAGUCCGUGGAGCACGUUCUGCGGUGCCAGCCAAAUAACUCCAAGGCCUUGUACCGCAAAGGCAGGAUACUAGAGGGCAAGGCCGACACCCAGGGCGCCAUCAAGCUGCUGCAAAAGGUGGCCACUCUCGAGCCAGACAAUCGUGCCGUUCAGUCCGACUUGGCCAGACUCUUCAUCAAGGCUCGCCGCGAGGAGCACAACGAAAAGGAGAUGUACCAGAAGAUGCUGGGCCAGGCCAAGAAAAUGGAACAGAAGACUGCCACCAGGCAAAAGCAGCCCCUUGUAGAUAACUCCAAGCUUAAGCUGCUGGGCUAUCUGAUGGGUUCCAUACUGAUUGGAGUAGCUGGCGUCGCUAUUUAUCGUUACAAGUACUAAGGACAAGCAUUGCACAUUGAACUACUGGUUACUUUAAGCAAUUGAAACGCAUUUUUUAAGGAUAUACAUAUAUAUAGAUGGCAAAAUUAUGAAUGUUGGAAAGCCACAGUUGCUUAUUAUAACGAUUCUGGCUCUUGUUGUACAUUUAAUACUAUGCACACUUCACAGUAGUAUGUAUCUUUCAAAUGGUAUGGUUUUGGACAUCGUACAUAUAAUGUUAAAGCUUACUUUUAAUCACCUACAUUCUAUCAGACAUGUACCGGGAAUUGUUAAAAUAAACACAAUUUUCUCAUCA